UUUCAGAGCCGAGACAUUGAUUCGGCCAGGCAACCCAUGUAUUCACAAUCCACCUCACCCCGGCAGCGACCCGCACCAGCCAAGCCAGUCUGUUUAUCCACGCAUGCAAUCAAAUCAGUGCGACAAGCCAGUCUGCACACUCACACACACACACACACACAGUACUCGCCCGCCUCUCGCACGCACAUCGUCUUGUCUGUUGUCUCCACCUCACGCCCAUCCACCCACUCUCUCCCCCAUCUACGCUCUGUCCUCUCUCACCUACCUAUGCUCCCGUCCCCAGCACCUCCGUCAUGGCAGAGCGGGUGCGGUCAUGGGGCUGUAGCUCUGACGUGUACACAUCAACGCGGUACUCAUGCCCACCACCACUGAGCCUACCCUCCCGCUCAACCACGAUGGCCGCUAUGUGCCCCUCCCCCAGGACCUCAGAGCCCAACACCACCAGCCGCGUGUGAUUCACCCCGCCCUCCUCCCGCCUCUUGUCGAACACCGCAGCGCGACCGCCCCACUGCGGCCCGCAACCCACCGCUAGCAGCUGGUGCACAUGAUGGGUUGCAUCCAAGGUGUCCCGGCGGGCGAGAGUGAAUCGCAUGUGUGGGGACCGGAAGUUGCGUAGCCAAUCGAAGAGGACGAAUGCGACCAUGCAGGCAUACGUCCGGUAUGUGUAGCCGUCCAGCUGUGUGGGGGGGUUGUCGGGCUCGAAUGUGGCGGGGGAGAAGAGGGGGCUAGGCGAGUCGAGGAGGCGGGGCUGCACGUAGCGGUCACUGAUAAAGACGCGGAUGGCGUUGUUCCUCAUCAGAGGGUGCCAACUGCAUCCUCUUCCUAGCAGCACCCAAGUGGCGUCCGACUCGACACAAACAUACACCAUCCGGCUGAGAAUUGUCCACUGGCGGGGCGCCUCCCUCUCGCUGAGGAACUCCUGGGGGCUCCCGAACACACCGAAGUGCUCAUCGACGAGAUGCACCGGCCUCCCCUCUUGCAGCCAGCGGAUCAUCGUCAGGUGCGGUAUCCAUCUGCGCCAGUUGCCGCCAUGUGCGAGGAUGAAGAGCCGCUGCAUGAGCAUGUUGGUGGCCAUAGCGACGGCCGUGCCGUGUGCCAGCUGUGGGAGCGGCACCUGGAUGAAGACGCCGAGGCCGAGGGACGCCACGACGAUGGGCCAGAGGCGCAUGAGUAUGGGCAGCAGGAGGGCGGGUGUGAAGAAGGCCGGAUGGGCCUCGAUGAGCGACUCCAGCUGGGAAUAGCUCCUGACGUAUUGGGCGACAGAGGCCGUCAGCACCUGAGGCACCUCGGAGGCAUCGAGGCUACCCUGCUGCUGCUGGUGGUGCUGGUGGGACGAUGCACUGCUGCUGGCAGCUGAAUCAACACACACACACAGACAUACAGACAGGUGUGUGUGGGUGGAUGGCUAUGUCUUGUGUGCAGUGGUGAUGCCGCCGCUCUAGGAUUACCAGCAGGAGCAGCAGCAGCCGACGCUGCGGAUGAUGAUGCUGUUCCAGAAGCUCCAUCACGAGUACCCGACAUCUGAGAGAUACACACACAAAGCGUAUGAUUCAAACCGCUCAGUCACUGCAUCGGUUGCCUCUCCUGUUAUGCAGCUUCCCUCUCUGCCUCGCCGUACAUACCUGGAUUGGUUGACUCCUCGGUGUGCCAAACAGAAUCCCUCAGCAAUAUUGCCAGCUACACGAACGAUAUGACCUGCAGCAUCAAACAGCAGACAGCCAUGCACAGAGCCGUGUGUGAUCUAAUGCUCAUCUCGUCAGCUCCUCUCAUGGCAGCAUUCUUACCUCAAUUGGUCAGAGUAGCGUCAUCCGCUGGAGAUGGCCGCGGCGCUACCGAUCGAUAUCAUCUGUACGGCUCUCGUUGGCCCACAAUAGGUACUCCGGGGCCGCUUAUCCUCAAUCAAAGAACAUCCCC